AUGUCCUUCACCUCAUUCGGCACCAUUUUCACCAUCGACGACCCAAUCACAGUAACCGCGGACCAGAGGUCGGCCGAGAUCGGUCGAGCUCAUGGCAUCAUGGUGGCCUCAUCACUUUCCGGUUCUAAUGUUCAUGUUGCAUUGUCGUUUGCUUUUCGAAAUGGUAGCAGCCUUGAGAUACAAGGCACCAGCCGUCAGUUCGAAAGGUACAAGGAGCUUGGUGUGGUUUCAGGGACCGGAACGUUCAGAUAUGCGAAGGGCUGUAUCACAUUGGAGAGCAUGUACUAUGACAAUAGAACCUCCCACUCGAUCAUUCGCUGCACCACUAGGAUCAAUCUGUUCUAA